GAAAUGUGAAACGCGGGACCGCCAGCAAUAUCAAGCUUUGCCCAUAAAAAGAUUGAUUUUGCUAGCCAACCUCUCCAUUUGUCUGCUAUUGGUUGUCUCAUCGUCUUCCCUUUGCCUUCUGCCUGUUGUUGCCUUCCUCUCUCGCUCUCUUUCUUCUUCUGUUUUUCCUUUUGUUGCUUAGCAGUUAGCAGUAAAUGGUGCUUGGUCAAUUAAUGUCAGCAUGGUCGUCUUUUCCUCCUCUGGAAGCAUCAUUUAGUCCAAGAUGCUUUCCCUCUGGAAGCAUCUUUUGGCAUAGCAAAUCACCCCAGAUUGCUUUACUCAAUCAGGAACCCCAGAAUAUUUUAAUGAAAUGCCUGAACCUGAGCUAGCUCGAGUGGAGAAUGAAAUCAUUGUUGCCUCUUCAUGGACUGCCAGAUAUUCAUUCAAGGGCAAUGGUGUUCAUGCAGUAGAUUCAAAUAUAGAGGUAGUUAUCCUUGAUUUUGCAUAUACUUCUUUCCCCAAGGACAGAAGCUAGAUCAAAUUAUCUAGUUUGAAGCUAAGGAAAUUAAUCAUAAGGAGCAGAAAUGGCAUCAUCUUUGGAGAAACUUUUUGCAGAGGAAGGGUUCAAAGGAAAGAGUAAAGCAUGGUCUAGAGCUGCUCUUGGAUCCAUAGCUGUGAGUGUGCCACCUUAUCUAUCUGAGGAGAAACAUCAUUUAGGUUCUUCAUCCAGUGCUUUUGGAAUUGGGAGAGAGAGGGGCAGAUCUGACUGCUCUCAAUACGGGUUGAAAAGUGAACUGCCGCCGAGAGACAGAGUUAGGUGUAGGAGAUGGAGAGGCAGUUUAAUUGGGAAUGAUAGGACUUUAGAAGGAUCGAGUAGGAACUUCAAGGAAAUUGAGAGAUUAGAAGGAAGAAAUUCUAGUGAUUACUUGCAAGAGAUUGGGAGUUCCGCUAAUAGGUAUCGUGAAGAUGCCAUACAAAGUAAGAGAGUUGACCAAAGAUUCAAGGAUGCACUGGGAAGUGAGAGAUUCGCAGACAGGUCAGUGAAGGAAGUGAGGGAAAUUGAAAUAGGGAGGAAUAGAUAUUCUAAAGGUUUGGGGGAUAAGGACAAGGGGAGAUAUGAAGAAAGGAAUAAUAAGGAUAUACUAGAAGAUAAGAGGACCAAAAAUAAUGCUGACAACCAUCUGCUUGGGCAACUGCAUUUCUCCGAUAUUUCGAGACAAAGUUUGCAGAGACCAGAUAUAUCUUAUGGAAAAUCAAAUAAUAUUUCACAUAACAGCAAAAAUUUUGAAGAUAUUCAGAGUACAAGGCAUCUUGAUACUGAGGAAAGAGUUUUUGUACCUGCACUUGAUGAAGUUGCAAUAAAGGCCCUGAUUUCUAUUCUAAGUGGUCAUAUAAGACACUAUCUCAAAGAUGAGUACUUCCGAAUAUCACUUCGCCGCAACUGUUCCUGUUGCCUAAGUUUUAAUGAACUGGAAGAAGGCCAUCAUGCUGAAAGCAAGGUCAUAGCCCAUCUUGAACAGGCAAUGGAUAUGGUAGAACGAGUUGCUGAGAAGUCUGCAAAUGCAAAGAAGCUGAAGAAAGCUUCUUUGCAGCUGAAUGCGAUUGCAGGUUUGAAUUCAAAAGAAUUGAAGGAUGGGUUUACAUCUGGAGUUCCCAAUUCUCAUUUAUCAGCCUGUGCACACCUCUACCUUGGUGUGAUCUAUAAGCUCCAGAAGAAAGAUAGAGUAUCUGCAAAACAUCUUUUGCAGGUCUUCUGUGAUUCACCCUUUCUAGCACGGACAAGUUUGCUACCAGAACUGUGGGACUACCUUUUCCUUCCUCAUCUUACACAUUUGAGGGUGUGGUACAAUCAAGAAGCUGAUUCUAUACCAGAUACAUCAAGUAGACAGAAGAAACUCAAGCUUCUUGAAAAAGCAUAUAAUGAAGUACUAAAUACUGGUACUCACCAGUUUGCAGUUUAUUACAAGGACUGGCUCACAGAGGGAGUUGAAGGUCCUGCACUUCCUUCUAUUCAAUUCCCUUCAGUGUCAGUUAAACUUGUAGUGGAUGGAGAUUCAGAUGGAAAUUCUCCAGAGCUAGGACCUGGCCAAGUUGACCCUGCUUUACCUAAGAUGAUGAUAAGCAAAAAGUUGCACACUGCUGUUUUUGGCCAGUCAAAUAAAUUAGAUGGCUUGGAUGAAGUUGAAGAUGGAGAGGGAGAAGCAGAGUUUGAUAUCUGUGCGAGAAACUUUGAUUUUACCGUGGAAAAAGACAGACAAAGAGUAAUUUUCUCUCCUGAGCCAGGAACAUGCAUAGGGCAGCAUAUUAAAGAAAAUUCUCCCAAGACUUUACAAGUUGAUGCAUCUCAUGCUCCAAAUGGAUUGUUAAUGAGAGAUGGCGAAACAAGGAGAUUAGAUAUGGUUACUCUUCUAGAAGUAGGAGAAUAUGACAUCACAGACAUUUCUUUGUGGCAUACAACCCCGAGGAGCACCCAUGAGCUGCUUAUGCUUCCACAUACAAAAGCGAAUGAGCUUAUUCUCGAGAAGCUAGCAAUGUCUGUUUUCCCACUGCAGCAUAAUUCCAUUGAUUUCACUGCUACAACUCAUAUAUCGCAUUCAAAGAUAAGCAACAUGAGAUCCCAUUCUGAAGGGUCAGAUGGAUUUUACGAAUAUUUUAAUGAAACCUCCUUUUUCUCAAGUAUCCGCAAGGAAUUUCUAUGCCCUUUGACUGGGUGCUUGUUUGAAGAUCCAGUGACACUAGAGACUGGUCAAACCUUUGAGCGAGAGGCCAUUAAGGAAUGGUUCAAACAGGGAAAAAGAGUAUGUCCAGUGACUGGAAGAAAAUUGGACUGCCUGCUUGUUCCUAGUGCCAACUUUGUUUUGAAACGUGUUGUUGAUAGCUGGAAAUCAGAAAAUUGUAAAAUUCUCUUGGCUUUGGCUUCCCAAAUAGCAGCAGGAUCAGUAGAACAUGGGUUUAAAUCCAAGGGUGAAGCAGCUAUUUUCAUAUUGGAGAACCUUCUCAAUUGUUUAAACAAGGAGGAAAAAAUGACAAAUACUACACACCUUAUCUCUCUUGGGGGCUUGCAGUUUCUUAUUCGCAGGUUAGAAUCAGGAAACCUGGAAGAAAAGACACGUGUUGUUGCACUUCUACGCUGUUGUAUUAAGGCAGAUGGGAGCUCGAGAAAUUACAUAGCUAGAAAUAUUAAAAAGUCAUCUCUCCUUGAGCUCCUUCAUAGCAAACAAGUUAAAUCACAAACAAAUGCAGUGCUGUUGCUGACUGAACUAAUUUGCCUAGGAAGGAGGACAGAAAUUACAGCAUUCUUAAAUGACUUGCUGAAAGAGGGCAUAAUGUACACAAUGCAUGUUUUGCUAGUGUAUCUCCAAAGCUCUCCUUCUGAGCAGAAACCUCUGGUUGCGGUUCUUCUAUUACACUUUGAUCUUCUGGUAGAGCCCCGGAAAUGUAGUAUAUAUAGAGAAGAGGCUAUUGAUACAAUUACAAUGGCUUUGGACCACUGUUUAACUGAUAGAAAGGGCCAGGAAGAGUGCUGCAAAGCUCUUCUCAUCUUGGGAGGGCGUUUUUCUUUCUCAGGAGAGGUAUCAAUAGAGAAUUGGCUCCUAAGACAAUCAGGAUUUUGUGAUUGGUGUGAAGCUGGCUCCCUUGACAAGGAUGUAGAGAGUGUGCAAAUUGAUGAAGAUAUUCCAUGGGAAGAAGAAGAAGAAGCAAAGGAAAUUUGGUUGAGGCACUUGGCAGCAGCACUGCUUGGUAACAGAAAGAAACCUUUUAUGGAAACCAUUUCUAAAUGUCUAGGCUCUGAAAACUCGAAUUUGGUGGGUGUUUGCCUGAUCACAGUGGCGUGGUUGAGCCAUGCACUGGCUUCAUUCUCAAACACAGAAUUCCAGCUUUCUGUAUUCUCAACUAUUGUCCCUCGGCUGAAGGAAAACUUGGAGAAAGGUGAGCGGAUUGAGAACAGGGUUCUUUCCUCCAUGUCUCUGCUCAAUUUCAGCAAGAUUUCAGAAUGCAGGGUUCUGCUAAUGAAGAUUGCUGAUGAGAUUGUGAUUCCCCUACGAAGCCUUGUAGAGGUAACAUGGACAGCAAAACAACUCCACAAAAUUCUUUCUGGGGAAGAUCUUACCACCUAAUAAGAAAGAAAUGUU